UUCAUCUUCAUGAUUUCAGUCUAGACGUCUCUUCUUUUAUGACUCACUUUUUCCUUUGAAGAAUGGACGAAUCUAUCCUGUCUAUAGUUUCUAAUUUCUCUGAUAGUGUUUACGCGGCCUUCCAGAAUGAGACUGAGCGAAGCUCUGAAUUUCUCGUGGAAUUCGUCACAGCCAUUGACUGGACACAGCCAUGGCUGAUAGCACUGAUAGUGUUCCACCUGUCCUGUACGGUGUUCAUCGUACUAGCCCGCCAUCACGUACUCACCAUGCUAGUGCCUCUCUUUGCAGUCUUCUUCGUUCUGUGUGCACCGGCUAGCUACAUCAAUGAGUGGGCAGCUGAUAAUCACACGCUGUUUGCGACUGAGCAGUACUUUGACUCCGCAGGCAUGUUUAUCUCGAUUGUUUACUCUCUACCCAUGAUGCUCAAUGCUAUCCUCAUAUUGGUGUUCAUGCUGAUUGAGGUCUCCCACAUGGUCGUAUCGGUGAAGCGCACAGAGCUGCGACACCGCCAACGUCAGCAGGAGAAGAGCAGCAAGUCGGAGUCUAAGAAAACGAAAUGAGCUCACACGGCUAAGGCCUCUUCCUUCGCCAUUGCCAGGCGUGGUGUUCUCUGGCUGACAAAGUGCCACUCCUGCUUCAGACAGAUACCUCAGGUACUCCAGCUCCCAGCACAUAUAUGUAGAAACAUCGAUCAAGAAGGCAGAUCUCCUCCUGGGUGCGUCUGGCACAGGCAAUGAUUCAGAGGAGCGUUAGAGCUCUCUGGCCAAGCCCAGCAAAUGGCGGUGUAUGCGCAGUUUCAACAGGCAGCAUUUCUGACUAUCUGCCACAUUCUUGCAUUGAUUGGCAGAGCAGUGAGCUGUGCUAGGUUGGAGUAUCGCAUAGCUAUUGCCAUGUAUUGGUGGUGAGUAGCACAAACAUGAACUGAUUUACUUCAAAGGACAUGCACAUGGACAUGUAUAGGAAGUCCGUGUGUUUUAUCAUGGCAUUUAUAACACAACGGUGAAAUCAGAUGAUGCGUUACAUUGACUGCAGGUCUGACAAUGUGCCCGAACGAAACCCAUAAUAAUUCUCAUGAAUGCUAUAACAAGAGCCAUACAAAAUCUCAGCUUAAUAGCGAAUUUUUAUAUCCUCAUUUCUAAAUUCAAAUACUUUUUCAGCAGGUUUUGCUGCCAUCCCAUUGCAGUUUAGCUAGGGGUUACUUUGGCCUAUUGUUCUUGGAAGAAAUGUGCAGUGUUUGAGUUGCUGAUAUCUCAUCGUUUGGCCAGCUGCUAUGCCACAUGCUGAGAGCAAGAAAGCUGUAUCUUACUUGAAGCAUCUGCUGGAGAGAAUCAUAAUAUGGGCAUGUUCAUUUCAUCACGUUGCGUGAUGCACAUACGAGUGACACCGUGUCGUGCGCAACACGGGCCUUCACCAACAGCAUAGCAUCAAGAGUCCAU